AUGCUUCAAUGCGCUGACGACGCCUUCCGCCUUUUUUCUUGGCGUGGGCCUCUUUGUGCCUUAUCAACGUUGAGAGCAGUGGGCUCAAAACAGAUGACGGAUCGUCCUAUUCCGAGUCUUCCAGUUGACCGCCCGGUGAUAGCCGGCAAGUGGUAUCAACUUACAUGCAACUACAUGUUUAGCUUUUACUUUGGCAGCGCAAAUGUCAUACCAAUUGUCAUGCACGAUGCACCGCAGCCAUUGCCACACAGCAACCUCCCUAUUCAAUGUGCGGGGAGGCCGCAAUCCGUAUUGCAGAAACAAGAACCCCCACGCUUCCUUUCUCUUCUAUUUACCUAG